CUUCCACGCGAACAGUCGACUGUGUUUGACCGCGAUUCCGAGUCCCCCACUUCCCGUGACAGAUUUAAGGUUUCUCUCCCCCAAAGAUCCCGGCCAGAUAUGCAAAUACAUUGUAGGCGGCGGUCCCUCAGAUAAGAUAAGCCUGCUCUGGAGGCGAUAAGUCGGAAGAUCAAAUAGUCGCAAUUACAGAGGUGACUGAACCCCCAGCAACGGGGACCAAAAUGCAGGAGUCCGGCAGUUCGACGGGUCAGGGACCCUCGCUGUGCCUGGAGUGGAAGAACCUCAACUACUAUGUGCCCGCCCAGGAGCAGAGCAACUACAGCUUCUGGAACGAGUGCCGCAAGAAGCGGGAGAUCAAUAUCCUCCAAGACGCCAGCGGGCACAUGAAGACCGGCGACCUCAUCGCCAUCUUGGGCGGAUCCGGCGCGGGCAAGACCACGUUGCUGGCGGCGAUUUCGCAACGGCUGCGCGGUAACCUGACCGGGGAUGUGGUUUUGAACGGCAUGGCCGUGGAUCGGCAUCAGAUGACGCGCAUCUCCAGCUUUCUGCCUCAGUUCGAGAUCAAUGUGAAGACGUUUACGGCCUACGAACAUCUCUACUUUAUGUCCCAUUUCAAAAUGCACCGCCGCACCACCAAAGCGGAGAAGCGCCAAAGGGUGGCGGACCUCCUCCUGGCAGUGGGUUUGCGGGACUCCGCGCACACCCGCAUUCAGCAGUUGUCGGGCGGAGAGAGAAAGCGACUCAGUUUGGCGGAGGAGCUGAUCACAGAUCCCAUAUUCCUCUUCUGCGAUGAGCCCACGACGGGAUUGGACAGCUUCAGUGCCUACUCGGUGAUCAAAACAUUGAGGCACUUGUGCACGAGGCGAAGGAUUGCGAAGCACUCCCUGAACCAGGUCUACGGCGAGGACUCCUUCGAGACCCCCAGUGGAGAGAGCAGCGCUAGUGGCAGUGGAAGUAAGUCCAUCGAAAUGGAGGUGGUGGCCGAGUCCCACGAGAGUCUGCUGCAGGCGAUGCGGGAGCUCCCCACUCUGGGCGUCCUGAACAACAGUCCAAACGGAACCCACAAGAAGGCGGCCAUCUGCUCCAUCCACCAGCCCACGUCGGAUAUCUUCGAGCUCUUCACCCACAUCAUCCUGAUGGAUGCCGGCAGGAUAGUCUACCAAGGACGCACCGAGCAGGCGGCCAAGUUCUUUACAGACCUGGGAUACGAACUCCCUCUGAACUGCAAUCCUGCUGAUUUCUACCUGAAAACCCUGGCCGACAAGGAGGGAAAGGAGAAUGCUGGGACUGUGCUCCGCGCCAAAUACGAACACGAGACGGAUGGACUCUAUAGCGGGAGCUGGCUGCUUGCCCGUAGCUACAGUGGGGAUUACCUGAAACACGUGCAGAACUUCAAGAAAAUCCGCUGGGUAUAUCAGGUUUACCUGUUAAUGGUGCGCUUCAUGACAGAGGACCUGCGGAAUAUCAAGAGUGGCCUCAUAGCCUUUGGCUUCUUUAUGAUCACAGCUAUCACUCUGUCCCUCAUGUAUUCCGGAAUUGGUGGACUUACUCAGCGAACAGUUCAGGAUGUAGGCGGCUCCAUCUUCAUGCUGAGCAAUGAGAUGAUCUUCACGUUCAGCUACGGAGUGACCUAUAUAUUCCCCGCCGCUCUGCCCAUCAUCAGAAGGGAGGUUGGCGAGGGCACCUACAGCUUGUCCGCCUACUACGUGGCCCUGGUGCUGUCCUUCGUUCCGGUGGCCUUCUUCAAAGGAUACGUCUUCCUGUCGGUGAUUUACGCCUCCAUAUACUACACACGAGGCUUCCUUCUCUACUUGAGUAUGGGCUUCCUGAUGAGCCUAUCCGCUGUGGCUGCCGUCGGCUAUGGGGUGUUCCUCUCCAGCCUCUUCGAGUCGGAUAAGAUGGCCUCCGAGUGCGCAGCGCCCUUUGAUCUGAUCUUCCUGAUUUUCGGUGGAACCUACAUGAACGUGGACACGGUGCCUGGCCUGAAGUAUUUUUCCCUCUUCUUCUACUCCAACGAGGCGCUGAUGUAUAAGUUCUGGAUUGACAUCGACAACAUUGACUGUCCCGUCAACGAGGACCAUCCCUGCAUCAAGACGGGCUUAGAGGUACUUCAGCAGGGUUCUUACCGCACCGCCGACUACACCUACUGGCUGGAUUGCUUCAGCCUCAUGGUGGUGGCCGUCAUAUUUCACAUCGUCUCCUUCGGUUUGGUGAGACGAUACAUUCAUCGCAGCGGUUACUAUUGAUUGGGGCGCUUUUAUUAUACUAAUUUCAGUUUACACUCUUACAGAACUUGAUUUCAGCUUAAUUUCAGUUGUAUUGAGUACACACGCGGUUUAGUUAGUUAAAAUUUGUAAUUUUUAAGCACAAACUCUUCUUAAUACAUCUAAACUUCAGUGGAAAAUAUUGCAUUCAUCAAACGUGAGUCGCAUAAAAUAAAUCCCAUAUAGAUCCUA